UAAUACCACCAGAAGUUCCGCUGACCUCCUGUCUCCCUCUCUGCGUCUCUCUCUCUUAGGGUUUUAGAAAAGCGGUGCAGUGACUGUGAGGCUUCGAUGGCAUCAUUCGCAGCAUCGCGUUUGAGAACAGUUUUUGGGGGAACAAAGGCGCUUAUGGCGCCUGCGAAGACGGCUUCGACCUCAACUGUAAAACCGAAGAAGUCGUCCACAGCGACGACGACGACCGAUCGCCCGAUCAUGGGCCUACAGAAGAUAGUUCCGAUCUCUCCUCAACUUGGAAAAUUCCUCGGCGGUGCCACCGAGACCUCUCGCACCCUCGCCAUCAAGAAGGUCUGGGAAUACGUUAAGCUCCACAACCUCCAGAACCCUGCCAAUAAGAGGGAAAUUUUCUGUGAUGAGAAGCUAAAGUCCAUUUUCGCUGGGAAAGACGCAGUUGGGUUUCAAGAAGUCACCAAGUUGCUGUCCAUCCAUUUUGUGAAGUCUGGUUGAUGUUUGGGCUUUUGUGAAACCUUUGUUGCCUGUAAUGCUCUCUGUAUUUUCAGUAGCGCAGAUGAAAGAUCCUUUUUUAGUUUUUCCCUUUCCAUUUUGCUAACCUUUUGUGCUUUAUGUUUGAACCCGUAAUCCUAGAUUUAGAGCAUAAUUUAGUGAACCCAGUUUGACUUAUCUCUGGGGAAAUGAUGUCGAAAAUGUGUGAUAGGUCUUAUGUGAGAAGGAAUCUUGGGCUCACAAUGGUGGUGGGGGUUAAGGCACUCAUUUUGGUUGGGUUAGCCAUAAAAGUUCUAUGGAUUAUCGGAAUUAUAUGUGCGCUUCUCUAGUCUUUUUCGAUUGAUAUUGUUCUAUGCUGGAUUGGCUUGUCACACCAUGUUUAAGCAUAAUUGAUAGGAUGCAAGAUGCCAGAUGCCAACCU